AUUACAAGUAUAACUACUGUUCCGACCAGUUGUCUUUUCCAUAGAUUUUGGAAUAUUACUUGUUGCAAAACGUUGUUGAUUUAAAAGUAUUGUUAACGAAUAGUUGGUUUAAGACGGUGAGAAAAACGAAGUUAUUAUAAAUCUUGCCUUUAACCAGAACUCUGCCUGCACGAUGGUGAAUGACUGGGAAGCUAUUGAAAAGUACCUGAUUGCAAAGGAGCAAGAAGUACCUCAGAUGGUGGCAGACUUGAGCAGCAUGAUACACGAGGAUUCCGUAACCGAACCUUCUACCUCUACUGAGUUCUAUGGCGACGACAUCGCCCUAAAUAAACCAGUGCCUGUUGAAGUAUGCUCCUUCAACGAUCAGUUUCAGAAACUGGAUUCGCAAGAGCUGUAUAACUUGGACCAAUAUUCACACAACUCUAGUAGCUGUUCGAGUGACUCUGAGCUUUACCAAUAUUUUCAUGGACCUUAUCAAUUUGAGGAAGUUACUAGAAAUCCAGAGCAUGAGACUGUGUACAACAACAACAACACCACCACCAACAACAACAAUAACAAUAUAGACUUAGCUCAUGUACAUGUGAAACAAGAAUCGUUCUGCAGCCCAAGCUUGCAAGAAGAGACGGAUUUCUUCACGCCAGACGCGAAAGAAGACCUGCACUACAAAAUGUGGAACUGGUGCCACCGAGAAGUGGAAGAUGUCUGCAGAUUUCUGCGAAUAAGCCCAGAUCCACGCCAAUGGAGCUGUGAGCAGGUCCGGGAGUGGAUCAGCUGGCAGUGUCAGCAGGCUGGCCUUCCUCAGCCUUCCAUCGAGACCUUCUACAUGCUCGGUGCACAACUCUGUCAGCUAUCAGAGGACAAGUUCCACGAACUAGCCCCUGGCUGCGCCGAUCAUCUAACCGCCAAACUAGACAUCUGGCUAAAUGUUAUGCAGCACACUAGCUACAACUAUGCACCCCAGGUCACACACAUUCCAGUCCCUCUGUCCCCGAGGUUGCCGUCCAGCCCUGAAUGCAACAGUCCAAUCUCAAACCAUGGGGACGAGGAGUGUACGGCUGCGAGUCCCAGGGCAGCCACGUUCGACUUCGACCGGCUACCCGAGGAGCGCCUCAGCCACCAUCGGCAGACCAUCCAAUUGUGGCAGUUCCUGAAACUUCUUCUUGAGGACGGCGGCUACACAGCCUGUAUCCGCUGGGUGGACCAGUCCAGGGGCAUAUUUAAGAUCGAGAAUUCCAGCAGGGUGGCCAAGCUGUGGGGCAAACGCAAGAAUCGCCCUGCUAUGAACUAUGAUAAGCUCAGCCGCUCAAUCAGACAAUACUACAAGAAGGGCAUCAUCAAGAAAACCGAACAUUCCAAACGACUUGUUUACCAAUUUUGCAAGUAGAGACACCGUGCAUUCACAAACCAAUGUGUUCUUUUCCACAUGUGCCCUAAACAUGUGAUUUUGUUAGGCAAGACUUGGUCUUGCGGAAUGACUAGCUAGUUCUUCGACAGAAAUAGAGGGGCGGUCGUCAAUAUUGUUGAUAUUUCCACCAUUGUAAUGAUGGUGAUUUUUUCACAUAUCCGAGUUGUCAUGUUUUUCAAUGUGACAUCGAUUUCCAAAGUUGGGAAUGUACUGUAUGUUUGACCUUAAUUGGCCAGGACAGCGUUGCAAUGAAGUGUAUAAUAUGCAGGUUUGCAUAGGGCAGUUGUUAUUAUAGAUUGAUUUAUAUCUGAACAUUGGUCAUAUUGUUUUGUAAGUGUUUUGAGUAUCACGUCAUCAUUGGAUACUCUUAACAAAUUACAAGUCAUCUUUUAUCAUAUAGUAUAUCAUUAUAAAGAAUUUAAUUUCUUACUGAAGAAAAACAGCGACUAAGAACACACAAAACAUGUAUUAUUUUACAAAUGUUAAAUACUGGAUAUGUUUGUUACGUAUAAGAUUGUUUUAGUGACGGUGCACUACGCAUGAAAACGAUACAUACACGAAAUAUAUUAUUUUCACUAUAUUUCUAUGGGGUCAAUAUUUCCUACAAAAUGAAUAAGCUGCCAAAGAUGCUGUGCUACGUUAUAUAAAUUGCGUGUGCUCUUAAUUUUUAGAUUCUCUUCAUUCUGUUUUGCUUUGUAUUGAACUUUAAAAGUUUAUAACGCUAAUUUAUACCGCUAAUAAAACUAUUUUUACAUAUUA